GGCGGUAGACGUCAAGGGUCGACUGUGAAGUGGCGUACGUUAGCCAGUAGUGAGGUACGUUGUAGGGCAUGGUAGGUGACAAGUGUGCGUUUAGUCUGAUAUGAUAUCUUAGUGUAAUUCCUCUUAGUCACAUCCCGGUCGAUGUUUAUGGAUUGCCAGAAGUUGACGGUUCUUUGAGCGGAUUUCCAGGUAACGUUGAGAAGAUGCCCCUGCACGGCAAGAUAGUGGUGAUCAAGAGGAGUGGAGUAGACGGGACGGAGUUCCCUCUCACUGCCACAUGCUUGUUUGGAAGGAAGCCGGACUGUGAUAUUCGUAUUCAGCUUCCUCAGGUCUCCAAGGAGCAUUGCAGAAUUGACUUGAAUGAAAAUAAAGAGAUCAUUUUGACAAAUUUGAGCUCUGUGAAUCCGACCCGUGUCAACGGAGAGGCUUUGCAGCAGUCUGAGCGUUUGAAGCAUGGAGAUGUGAUAACUGUUAUUGAUCGUUCUUUCAGGUUUGAAUACCCACCACCACCCACACCGAAGAAGAGGUCUUCCAUUGGAGGCAAAACUGAAACCCUCAAAGUUCUUCAAAAUCAACAAGUGGGAGACACUGUUGCCACUGAAACUGGAGAGAAAAGGAUCUCUGAAGUGUCCACAGACCCUCAUCUUAAAGAUGGAACUAACCAUGACAACAUCCAGCGACCCCUGGAGAAAACUGUGUGUGUGGAGGCCAAGGAGGACGAUGGCCUGCUGCAAAGCAAGAAAGCCUCCCCCUUCAACGAUCUGUAUCAAAUGAUCAAAAAAUCCCUGGAUGUCAAGACCCCUCGCAAAUCCUCUGCCAGUGUGCUUCAAACACCUAGCUCAAAGUUUUGCACUCCAAAACCUUGUUCGGUCAGGAAAAAUGGAGAACCUGUCAUUUCCACAGAAGACAAAAGCACUCCAAAGAAGGAAGAAGCUGAAGUCUUUGCUGUUGCUGAUGAAAUUAAAGCGGAGGCUGGAAAUGUAAGCACCUUGACCCCAAAGUCUGUGAAGAAGCAGAGGAAGUCCUUCCAGGUUCCUUCCACUGAGAUGGCCACGUCUGAAGCUGAAGAUGCCGCCAAGUCUGAAGCAACUUCCCCCCAGAAGAGAAUCCGUACACCCCCCAAGAGGUUUACUGCAGGUGAGGUUGUUGAGCAGUCGCCCAAAUCACCCGUGAGACGGAGAAGCAAAGAGGCUAAACCCGCAGUGACUCAGGAACAAGAAGAGAAAGUUGAAACGGUGAAAGUGACAUCCAAAAAACGCAAAAGUGAAGAACUUGGCGAUGACUUGCCCACAUCACAAAUGAAGAGGAAGCGGGUUUCCUUCGGAGGUGUCCUCUGUCCUGAGUUAUUUGACAAACGCCUGCCUCCUGACUCUCCGUUACGUAAAGGUGCCGCUCCGCGCAGAAGUCUGGCUGUGGCGAAACCCAAACAGUCACUCCUUAGACGAGCAUCAGCCAGCGGCUUGCUACAGGACAAAAAAGAGCGUUCAUGUAGCCCAAAAAUGAGGACUCCGUCACCUGGAAAGAAAUCCCCAAAGUCCAGGACCCCUUCUCCCAAGGCUGCGACUGCUGCAAAGAAGUCUCCAAAAUCCAAGAGCCCGUCUCCCACUGUUGCUGGAACCCCGGGAGACCAGACUCCCAAAGUACAAGGGCGCUUCUCUGUGUCCCACAUCAGCACACCAUCUCCAGUUGCAGAAGAUACUGACCAGGUGCCUUUAGUCACUGCGACUCCUAAAGUAUCCCUGAGGAGGAGGAGCACCUCACGGGAGACUCCAGGUCUGGCAAAGAGUGCUGCAAAAGUAAUGCGCAGAAGAGGUGGCAUCUCACGGGCAUCCAUGAAAGUCAAAAAUUCCUGGGCAGACAUUGUGAGAUUUGGGCAAACUAAGGCUCUAGUUGUUGCUCCAGCUAAAAAAACGGUUAUCAGUAAGAUGAUGAAGAAGACUGUCUCCAAACCACAGACCCCUGCAAGAAAGCCCAUAGCCCAUGUCAGCACUGGGCAUGCAGAUUCACCCGUUACUAUUGUUGUGGGCAGAGCUCACAAACAAACAGGCCUACAUCCAACUGGUGCCGCACCAAAGCUCGUCACCAACAUCGCUCUCUUUAAAAAGAACAUGGAAAUGGAUGAGGACUUGACAGGCAUUUCUGAAAUGUUGAAAACUCCUGUAAAUGAAAUGAGGAAGAGAUCGGUAAUCAAUGAGAACAAUGCCCCAAAGACACCAGUGGGAGGUCUGGGAACAUCAGUGUUGAACACACCAGAGGAGACAGGUGAAAUGAUGGUGUCUCCACUGAGUGUUUCAUCUACAGUAAAAGACAAAAGCUACAACAGCGAGGCAGUCCAACGCCUCUUUGAUGAUAAUAAUCAGGAGUCCAGCACCGUUAUUGAAACCCCUGCCGUGGAGGAUUCCAGCGAACAGCAGUGCACAGAUUUGAAGACUGCUUCUGUAGCGACUCCCAACCAGAAGCCAGAAUUACCGGUAUGUGUCACUGGAGUGAAGAGGAUCAUGAAGACGCCAAAGCAGAAAGCCGAGCCUAUUGAAGACCUGAGAGGCAAGAUUUUGAAAACUCCCAAGCAGAAGCCAGUACAACAGGAGUGUCUCACUGGAGUGAAGAGGAUCAUGAAGACGCCAAAGCAGAAAGCGGAGCCUAUUGAAGACCUGAGAGGCAAGAUUUUGAAAACUCCCAAGCAGAAGCCAGAGCAACAGGAGUGUCUCACUGGAGUGAAGAGGAUGAUGACUACUCCAAAACGGGAGGCUGAACCUGUAGAGGACAUCAAAGUGGAACUCAUGACCACUCCCGAACAGAAGCCUGAACAACAAGAGUGCCUCACUGAAGUUGAAAUAGUUUGCAAGACUCCACAACCGGAGUCUGAGCCUCUUGAAGACCAAGGAAAACCUCUGGAAACUCCCAAAGCUCUGGAGGCUGGUGUGACGACACCGGAACACAAGCAAGAAUCGGAAGACCUGACUGAUGUGACAGCUGAAAACCUGGAGAGCUCCUCAUUGGUUGCAGUUCAAACGCUUCCAGAUUGUGAUGAGGAAAUGGCAAAAGAACUAGUCUUUGCCCAAGAGGAGCAACAAGACGAUGUGCCAACAGAUGUGAUUGAUGAUGUUCCCCAAGUUAACAGCAAACAGGAAGCAGAUGCAAAUGAAGUUGCCGUUGAUGACCACUUAGAGGAGCUGUCAAGUGGACAUGAUGAUAACGAACCAUCAGAUGCUGUAGAAACCAUCGCUCAAGCAGCUGUAGAUGAGAAUGUAUGUGUGGAAAAAACUGAAGAGGACACAGUAGAUGAGAAGAUACCUGAGGAACAACCCACAGUAGAUGAGAAGAUGCCUGAAGAACAACCCACAGUAGAUGAGAAGAUACCUGAGGAACAACCCACAGUAGAUGAGAAGAUGCCUGAGGAACAACCCACAGUAGAUGAGAAGAUACCUGAGGAACAACCCACAGUAGAUGAGAAGAUGCCUGAGGAACAACCCACAGUAGAUGAGAAGAUGCCUGAGGAACAACCCCUAGAGGAAGAUGCCUGA